AUGAAGCUUCGAGCCCUCAUCUUGCCCAUGGCUGCACAUGCUCCGUGCCUGCACAUGCUCCGUGCCUGCACAUGCUCCGUGCCUUCACAUGCUCAGUGCUGCACAUGCUCAGUGCUUGCAAAUGCUCCGUGCCUGCACAUGCUCAGUGCCUGCACAUGCUCAGUGCCUGCACAUGCUCCGUGCCUGCACAUACUCAGUGCCUGCACAUGCUCAGUGCCUGCACAUGCUCAGUGCCUGCACAUGCUCUGUGCCUGCACAUGCUCAGUGCCUGCACAUGUUCAGUGCCUGCACAUGCUCAGUGCCUGCACAUGCUCAGUGCCUGCACAUGCUCCGUGCCUGCACAUGCUCCGUGCCUGCACAUGCUCAGUGCCUGCACAUGCUCCGUGCCUACACAUGCUCCGUGCCUGCACAUGCUCAGUGCCUGCACAUGCUCAGUUCCUGCACAUGUUCAGUGCUGCACAUGCUCAGUGCCUGCACAUGCUCAGUGCCUGCACAUGCUCAGUGCUGCACAUGCUCAGUGCCUGCACAUGCUCCGUACCCGCUUAUGCUCAGUGCCUGCACAUGCUCCGUGCCUGCACAUGCUCCGUGCCUGCAUAUGAUCCGUGCCUGCACAUGCUCCGUACCCGCAUAUGCUCAGUGCCUGCACAUGCUCCGUGCCUGCACAUGCUCCGUGCCUGCACAUGCUCCGUGCCUGCACAUGCUCAGUGCCUGCACAUACUCCGUGCCUGCACAUGCUCAGUGCCUGCACAUGCUCAGUGCCUGCACAUGCUCAGUGCCUGCACAUGCUCAGUGCCUGCACAUGCUCAGUGCCUGCACAUGCUCCGUGCCUGCACAUACUCCGUGCCUGCAUAUGCUCAGUGCCUGCACAUGCUCAGUGCCUGCACAUGUUCAGUGCUGCACAUGCUCAGUGCCUGCACAUGCUCAGUGCCUGCACAUGCUCAGUGCCUGCACAUGUUCAGCGCUGCACAUGCUCAGUGCCUGCACAUGCUCAAUCUGGAAGGCAGUUUGUAG